AUGAGCAAAUUAAGUGGGUUUCAUAUGUUAACUGUUGUGAAAUACUUUGUUUGUUUUAACGAUUUUGUUCAUCUGCAAAUGUCUUGUAAGAAGUACAGAGACACUAUCGAAAAACUUCACUUCAACCCAAUUCCUUUAACUACCAAAACAAGAAAAUACUUUACACGGUUGGAAACGUUACACCUUUGGAAUGAAAAGGAUGAAAAUUUUGGAAACACUUUGUCCCUCACAAAAACACUCUCACAUGAAAAUUUUUAUGAAAUUGUUGUUUGGUUUAGUGUCAAGAGUUCAGUCGCUGAAAAUUUCGUUGACAAAAAUUAUACAUUUAAAAACGUUGAAAUUGACAAAGCACUGCCUUCUCAAAGUAAGUACAUGGUAUGCAGGAGUAUUUACUCUUUAACAAUAGAACACACAAGUUUAUUAAAUGAGAAUUUGAAAAUAUUUGAAAUACCAGAUGGAGUCACUUCAAUAGCAAAUCAUUCACUGAACGGUCUAACUGGAGUGACUAAAAUUGCUUUUCCAAAAUCCAUCAAGUCAAUUGGACUUUUGAAUUAUGAUACAAUGCAUUCAUUAAAAAUUAUCGAAAUAAAAAGUCCAAUUACGUAUAUAGACAACUUGGCUAUUUUUGGAAACCACAAUUUGAUUGGACUUCCACUUCAAAGGGGUAUAACAGUAACUUCCCUAUCAACAUCUUUUUACUCUCAAACAAGUCAAAUCGACCUUCCUGAAAGUGUUACAAAGAUAUGCGAGUUGUGCUUUGAUAAUUGCACUUCUCUUCAAGCAAUCAAUCUCAAAACUUCAAUCGUUUCGCUUGGAAAACAAUGUUUUGUUGAUUGUUCACAUUUAACUUCUGUCACACUCACCAGUCAUAUUACUUCUAUAGAAACAGGAUGUUUCAGAAAUUGUGGAAAUUUGUUAUCUCUAACCAUCCCAAACACAAUACAAAGAUAUGAAGGAUGUUUAUUUAAUGGAUGUGUCUCUCUAAAAAAUAUUACAAUUAAAAGCGAUGUGACUUCACUUGGAUACAACUGUUUCUCUUAUUGUAAAACAUUGAAAAAAGUUGUUAUUCCAAGUAAUAUUAAAAUCAUUGAAGACAACUGUUUUGAAGAGUGCGAAAUUUUAAGUAAAAUUGAAGUAAAAGGUGUUGUUGAAAGAUUACCAAGAAUGUGUUUUUAUUGUUGUGUUUCUCUAAAGAAGGCAGUGAUUACAAAAGGUGUAAUAAUUAUUGGAGAGAGUUGUUUCAAAUUGUGCAUAAGUCUCAGUGUAAUUAAUAUACCAGAUGGGGUAAACACAAUUGGACAUUCAUGUUUCGAAGAGUGCAAAUCAUUGAAAACUUUACAAAUCCCGAGAAGUGUUGUGAAAAUAGGAGAAAGGUGUUUCAAAGGUUGCGAUAAAUUAAAAACACUGAUAGUAUCAAGUAGAGUUGUCAAUAAAUAUUUGGAAAUAUCAAAAAACACCAACGUUAUCAAUCCAAAAAAAUAA